UAUAAACACAACUGCAACUUGAUUUCGUUGAUCAAAUGGAAACCCAAAUCCAACCAACUGAAAUGAGUCAAGGGGAGAAUGAUCUUCGGCAAUUGACAUCAACCAUCAAAGAAGAAAUUGGUAAAGGUGCCGACAAAAAUGAAUCCUUAGUCUCUUCGGCGUUCAUUUACAGGGUGCCUGAAUAUCUUCGUAAGCUGAAUGAAAGCGCCUACACCCCUCGCCUCAUCGCUAUUGGCCCUCUUCACCGAAAAGACAAACACCUUCAAACAUCCUUGCAACACGUCAAAAUGAGCUACACGAAUUACCUACUCUCUCGACUGACCAGAGGAAUGGAAGACCUGCAAGAAUUAGCAGAGCAGACAAAGUUCACGGUGCUACAGAAAUGUUUGGGGGAAAUGAAGACAUCGAUAGACGAUGCAAAGAAAUACUACGCAGAAGACGUUGCGCUGGAUGAGGUAAUGUUGUUGGUCGAUGGUUGUUUCAUCCUCGAAUUUCUCUGCAGAUUAUCCCAUGGCAUUACAAAGAUUUUGCAUUUCAAAAAGCAGGGAGAACGUGCAAAAGAUCCUAUUUUUGGUAAUAGUUUGAACUUUUACAACGUGAUGUACGACUUGGUACUCCUGGAGAACCAGAUUCCUUUCUUUGUGCUUGAGAAAUUAUUUCCACUCACGGUGGGUCAGAUCCCGGAUAACAACCGGUCGCUCACCGAUUAUCUGCGGUACUACAGUUAUAAGAUGAGGCCAGUACGAAAUUCCAACAACAGUAGCAGCGCAAAAACUUGGUGUUCUCCCGGUGACUGUGUCCUUCGGGUUUAUGGUUCUACAACAGCGCCAGAAGAUGACCUAUCAAAACAAAAAAAAACAGCAGCAGAAGUUGGAGAAGAAGGUGAAGAAGAGGAAGAAGAAGAAGAACAACAACAACAACAAGUUCAAAGUGGUAAUACUAAUGAUCAGCGUACUUCCAAGUACUAUCAUAUCCUGCAUAACCUACAUGAUGGUUACCUUCCUUUUAAUCAAAGAAAACAGAAAAAACCUAGUGGAAAAGUAGUACGCAUGCCUUCGGCAUCAGAACUCGUCUACGCAGGAGUCAAGUUUGUUCCCGAUGACUCAGGAAGCAAUCUGUUCGAGAUCAAGUUCAUUGAACCUAAAGGCCUGUUUUGGUGGUGCUGCGGGGCUCGUUUCGUGAUCCCGCCUCUCACGAUAUACAGCACGACGGAGUUUUUCCUCAGGAACCUCAUUGCCCUGGAACAGUGCUGCCCUGGUGUUUCGGAGCACGUUUCGUCCUACGCGUGGCUUAUGGACAUGCUCGUCGACGACGAUAAAGAUGUCCUAGUGCUCGAAAAGGCCGGAGUAUUGCGUAACCACAUGGGUCCCACCAAGGACGCCACCGAUCUAUUCAACAAGCUAGGCAAGGAAAUCACGUUGGGGCAUUACUUCAACAAACCAUGCCGCCAAGCCAACGAGUAUAGCAAGCGUUUUUGGGCGAGGAACAUGGCACACUUGAGACGGACGUAUCUUGCUUCUCCGUGGACGUUCAUAGCUUUCUGCAUCGGCGUCAUGGCUUUCGUCAUGUCCUUCGUUGAAUUCGUCCGCAGUUUCGAUAAAAAAGGCUAAUGUAGCCGUUAAGGAACGAAGAGAUCAAUGGGGUUAAUAAAUCAAGUGGGUUAAAAAAUUGGGUGUGCACACACAUAUAUAUUGAUGGUGUAGUAGGAAGUAGUAUUGUACGUGCAUCUAUAACUAGUGUGUUUGUGAGAUGUAUAUUGAGAGAGAGAGAGAGAGAGAGAGAGAGAGAGCUGUGG